AUAAAAGGAUGGAGGACAGUUGGAAUCAGCGAGUUCGAAACGUUCAGUUGUGUUGACUAAAUACUUUUUCAGUGUUCAAGGAUGUCUCGAGGAGUUGUCCUUGUUGUCCUGGGGCUGCUCGCAGUUGCCGGGUCGGAAUCACCCCCCAAGAAAACAUUCACAAUGUGCGUCCCGGAAAUUCACGAAAAGGACUGCGUGAAGAUGAUGGAAGAGUCCACGACAAAGGGAAUUCCAAUAUCCUGUGUGACUGGAAGAGACAGAUUCGAGUGUAUCGAUAAAGUUGGCAGAAAUGAGGCGGAUAUUGUUGCCGUUGAUCCCGAGGACAUGUACCUUGCAGCUAAGAGCAAGUUGGCUGAAGAAGCUGGUUACAGUGUCGUCGAGCAGGUGAGGACGAAGGAAGAGCCCGACGAGCCAUACAGAUACGAAGCUGUUGCUGUGAUUCACAAGGACCUGGAGAUUAACGAUGUCCACGAGCUUCACGGCUUGAAAUCCUGUCACACUGGUGUUGGAAGAAACGUUGGCUACAAAAUUCCCAUCACAAAAUUAACCCAGAUGCAUGUUCUCGGGAAUAUUCAUGAUCCUGAGUACUCAGCGAGGGAGAAUGAGCUCAAGGCGUUGAGUACACUGUUCUCCAAGGGCUGUCUCGUUGGCAAAUGGUCGCCCGAUCCAACCAUCAACGCAAGACUAAAGGAGACCUACAGCAACAUGUGCGCUCUCUGCGAAAGACCGGAGGUUUGCGACUACCCCGACAAGUUCUCGGGGUACGAGGGUGCAUUACGGUGUCUGUCUCAAAACGGUGGAGACGUUGCCUGGACAAAGGUCAUUUAUGUGAAGAGGUUCUUCGGUCUGCCCGUGGGACGCGCUGUAAAGACAACCGCAACUGUCGACCCAAGUGGUUACAGGUAUUUCUGUCCUGAUGGCACCAAAGUUCCCAUCGAUGCAACCACCAAACCUUGCACGUGGGCUGCCAGACCCUGGCAGGGAUAUAUGACUAACGGAAAGGUUAAGGAUGUCAAUGCCAUCCAGGAGGAAUUGACAGAACUCGGUGAAGUCGGUGAAAAGGAACAUGCAAAUUGGUGGAAGAACAUUCUCCUCUUGGACGAUAAGACCCUGGCCGUGAAGACAGCCCCAGUAUCACCAAUUGAACACCUGACGAAUGCUAAGUACUUGGACGUAAUCGAGAGGAACUCUGGAGCUGUGGAAAGAACGGGUCGUUGGUGCGUUUGGGGAGACAAGAGUCCUAAGAAGUGUGAGGCGCUGGCGAAAGCUGCUUAUUCAAGGGAUGCGAGACCCCAGAUCGAGUGCGUCAAGAGAAAUAGUAGAGUUGAGUGUUUGGAAGCAAUGAGGGAUGACGCAGCUGAUUUCACCCUCAUUGAGGGAUCGAGUGUCAAACAGGCAGUUGAGGAUUUCAGUGUUAAACCCAUUGUUUCCGAGAGCUUCGGAACGGGACAGACUAAAUAUAACGAAAAACCAGCGGUUGCGGUUGUCAAGAAGAAUAGUCCAAUCAAUAGUCUCGCUGAUCUGAAGGGGAAGAAAUCGUGCCACCGUUACUGGAAGGAGGAUUAUGCCGGCUGGAUAGCUCCAGUGGGGGCUUUGCUCAACGCAAAACUCAUCAACUCCGACGAAGAGUUAUCUGAUUUCUUCUCAGCCUCUUGCGUACCUGGAGCCCCCUCGACAUCCAAACUCUGCGAGCAGUGCGCGGGAAGUGCUGGAUCCAAUGAUGAUCAAGUGAUUGCAGCCACUAAGUGUCAGCCCAAUCGCGCCGAAGACUUCAGUGGAAAAGGUGCCCUGAAGUGUCUGGCACUCAACAAGGGAGAUGUGGCCUUCGUUCCUUUGACUGAUGUUUACAAAUUACGUAAUGCGACAGAUUCAUACGGUUUGACUCUGGACGACCUCAAGCUCAUCUGUCCCAACGGAGGCACUGCCUCCGUCUCCGAGGGGGAGACCUGCAAUUUAGGUUUAGAACCACCUCAGGUUAUUGUGGGUUCUGGUGAAAAGUCUGCAAACGCCCUAGAGGAACUCACACAUGGAAUUAUUUCGGCUACAACUCUUUACAAUAAGAAGCCCGACCUCUUGCAGUUGUUCGGGGCCUGGGGAGGAGAGAAAAAUAUUCUAUUCCAGGAUGACACUAUUGAGUUGGUCUCCGUGGACAGUUCUCUCAACGUGAGGUACAAUGACUGGUCGAAAAUGCCGAAAUAAAAUGUUCAUGACAUUUUUCAUUCAUUCUUAUAUGAAUAUCUGUGUAUCGAUAUAUACAACUUUGCCCAUAAAAAUUAAUACACAAUGA